UCUGAUAAAAAAUUGUGAUCUAUGUUUUUAAAGAAUAAAUUCACAAUGAGCCAUAACGACAAUACAUUAAAUUUCGAAGAAAUUAAUAAACAAUUUAUCCAUUGGUUUUGUAGCAAUGGAGGAACGAUAUCACCAAAAAUUUCAUUCAAAGAUUAUUCUUCGGAAAAUGCAGGUCGGGGAGUUGUCUCAGUUGACGAUAUAGAGCCGUUUGAAGUGUUAUUUAAUAUUCCGCAUUCUAUAGUUCUUUCAGAAAAAACAUCAUCACUAAAAGAUUUAAUAUCAAGCAGCGAAUUUGAAAUGCUUAGUAAAAUUAAUUCGUGGUUUCCACUCAUAUUGUGCAUGAUGUAUGAAAGCCAAAAAGAAAAUUCAUUAUGGAAGCCUUAUUUUGAUAUUUUACCUCGAGAAUUUGAUACACCAAUGUUUUGGAAUGAAGACGAUCUUUCUGAAUUAGAAGGAACAGGUGUUAUCGAUAAAAUUGGAAAAGCUGAUGCGGAAAAACAAUUCAAUGACCAUUUUCUACCAAUAAUCCAGUCAAAUUCUUCAAUUUUUGAUUCAAAUAUACAUAAUCUGGAAUUAUUUCAUUGUAUGGGAUCUCUUGUAAUGGCAAAUGCAUUUCAAGAUAAAAUAAGGAAUAAGAACAUCGAAGAAAAUCAAGAUAAAAAUGAAGAGGACGAAGAGGAUGAAGAGAACGAAGAUGAAGAGGAUGAGAAAGAAGAAAUUACAAUGAUGCCAAUGGCUGAUAUGUUGAACCAUAAAACUGGGUUUAAUAACGCUCGAUUAUUUCGUGAUAAAGGAUUAUUAGAAAUGACCGCAAUUAAGAAAAUUAAGAAGGGCGAACAAAUUUAUAAUACUUAUGGAGAGUUGUGUUCUGCAGACUUACUGCGCAAGUAUGGAUUUGUUGAUGAGAAUAAUAUGUAUGAUAUAGUGGAAUUAAAUGGUCAAUUUGUAGUUGAUACAUUAUCAAUCGAUGAAGAUACAAAGAAUAAAAAGAUCGAAAUGUUAUUGGAAGAAGAUAUUUUAGAUGAUAUUUUCGUCUUGGAUACUACGUGUGAAAUACCACCUGAACUAAUUAUAACAGCCAAAGUAAUGAGAAUGGAUAAAGCCCAAUUUAAGAAGCUUCAAAAAUCAGAAAAAUUCCCUGAACCUAAAAUGAACCUUGAUAUUAAACAAUCAUUAAUUCAGCUAUUUGAGAAACGAUUAGCAAUGUAUAAGACAUCAAUCAAGGAUGAUGAUGAAAUUUCGAAAUCAAAUAAUAUAUCGUUGAGAAUAAAAUAUAUUAUCGUCAUGAGAUUGGGAGAAAAACGUAUACUACAAAAUUUAUUAAACAAUCUUAACGAUUGGAACGGAGAUGACGAAAGAGAAACAAAUAGAAAGAAAAGAAAAAUCAAAGAUUGAUUGAGGAUAUCUACAUGAACUGGUCCUUUGGGUACGCGAAACAAAAAAUUUUAUAAUAAAAAUUACUGCGCCGCUUAUUUUUAUAUAUGGACAUCACAUGAUCUGCUUUAAAUUUUAUGCACAAUGCAUGUAACGAUAAAAAAUGCACACGUGUCAUCUCUUAUUAUUAAUUAGAAACAUUUAAAUAAAAGAAAUUAAAAAUAUUUCUUUUCUUUUUUAAUCAAUAAAUAAUUAAAAAAAACUAAUUUACUUAAUAUAUAUUAAAUAAUUAUUAAAUGUCAAAUUUUACCAGCCAUCCAACCGCGAUUCUUCACAGCUAAUUCAACAGCACAAUGUC